UUGUCCAUGAGUACUUACGGUUUCACACUAUGCACAAAAAUGAUAUUAUAUUUAAACGAAGUUAGUUAAAUUGUUCUUACAUGCAAGUUGCUAGUAUUCAAGUAACAACAGAUGAAACAAAAAAUAUAAAAUUUUAAUGCUUUUGUAUGAAAUGAAAGUUGCCAACCUGGCAACCAGUUAGGAUGUUUAAAAUUAAAACCACAUUAUUUUAUUAAAUCAAAUUGAGGGUGUUGCCAGUCAUUGUGAUUAGUCACGUGCGUCAAAGUAGGCCUAUCGGGUAGCUUAUCCAUGCAGUUCACUUUGUUUUAUCUAUACUUUAUUUGAUACACUAGCACAUAGACAUAUGCAAACAAAUACAAAGGUACUAGUGGGAAACCGGACAAAAUGAGGGAGACAAAAUUCAUCAUUUUAUGUUUGUCUUGUGGAAUUUCUUUUCAAAUGCUGAUGUGGAAUGGAUUUGUAUCAGCAACUUCUGUCAGACAUACAAGGAAUGCUGAUUAUUAUACAGUCCAUAUCGACUCGAACAACAUUUCUCAAGAGUUCAAACACUUUUGGAGAAGCACUGGGUUUUGUCCACCAGAUCCACACCAGAAAGCGUAUAAAUUUGACUUGAGUCCAGACAUGGAGCAUAAUCUAGCGUACCUUGGUUCGAUUCCUCACAGUGGAAUGCAGCAAGUUCGAAUCCAUUGGCUGUUGGACCUGGUUGCAGUAUCAGGUUGGAAUGGUAGUCGUCCAGUGUAUAACUUCAGCAGUCUUGAUGGUCUCCUUGACAUGCUGUCUGGAAAUGGUCUCCAGCCAGGAUUUGAAGUGAUGGGAAACCCAUCUGGAAUUUUCUCUGACUUUGACAACAAGACACAGGUGUACAUGUGGAAGGACCUUGUAAAACAAGUAGCUGAACACUACAUUAGUAUUUAUGGAGCAGGAGAAGUAAUGUCUUGGAAUUUUGAAACCUGGAAUGAACCUGAUUGCAGAGACUUUGACACGGUCAGAAUGACCACUCAAGGUUUUCUAAACUACUAUGAUGCCACCUCUGAGGGUUUAAAGGCUGCUAACUCUAUGUUGCGAUUUGGAGGGCCAGCUGACGGCUGCACACGAACGGAGUAUGCCGAGGCUCUAUACAAACACACUGUGGAUGGCAUCAACUAUUUUACUGGUCACAAAGGUGUUAGGAUUGAUUUUAUAUCACUGCACGAAAAGGGUCAUGGACAUUCUAAAGUUAUUCUUCAAGAGGAGACUCGAGCUUGGACAAAUAUUGUGAAGAAUUACCCAUCACUGGCUCACAAACCAUUUUACAAUGAUGAAGCAGACCCACUGGUUGGCUGGUCCAAGGAUGAAAUCUGGAGAUCAGACUCAACAUAUGCAGCUAUGGUUGUCAAGGUCAUUGCUCAACAUCAAAACCUCAUCAUUGCCAUUUCAAACCAUCCAAUAAAAAAUUAUACAUUGCUUAGCAAUGACAAUGGCUUCCUGAGUUACUAUCCACACCAGUUCACACAGCGCACUCUGCUGGCCAGAUUUCAGAUGAACACAACUACUCCGCCCCAUGUACAAUACAUACGCAAACCAGUUCAUACUGUAAUGGGCCUACUAUCCAAACUAGGAGAGAAGCAGUUGAAUGUGAAAAUUACAGAUGUCAGUGGAAAGGAGAUAAAAAAUGACAGCCAUUUUGGUGUUCUGGCCACGCUGCACGAGGCUGAUGGAUACUCUGAGGCAGACAGUUGGCAGGUGGCCAUCUUGAUGUACAAUAGCAAUGACACAGGAUCUUCAAACAAUGAUGCUUAUGUCACACUUCAUUUGAGCGUCAUUCCACCCAAUAUCACAGAUUUGAUAUUUGCUGCUUAUACAGUGAACCAAGAUUUUGUGAACCCAUUUAAUAUUUGGGUGGCUCAGGGUAAACCAAUGUUUCCAACACGAAACCAGUUCCGAGAGAUGAGGAAACAGGAGGAUCCAUACUUGGUUGAUUUUCACCCUAUCAAACAAGGGGAGAUUUUGUUACAGAAGUUGUCCCUGGUGGAACCUGCAGUUACAGUUGUUCACAUAUGUGCUAAGCCAAAGGGUCGUCCUGAUCAGGUUCCUGAGAUAACCAUCUAUAACAUUACCACAGGACAAGUACUGAUCAGAUGGUCUGACAAGUGUGUCCAUUCCAAAUGUGUGUUACGAUAUGAAGUUGAGUUCAGUGCCAAGUCAUCUGGUGGACCCUACAAGAGAAUCAAUGAUAAGGAUUCAUAUUUUCCAGUCUUUGUUUAUUCACCAUUUCCUGAAGAACCUCCUUCUGAUGCAAGAGUGUGUGGAUAUUACCGUAUCCGGGCAGUUGAUUACUGGAAAACACCUGGCGAUUAUUCCAUUCCUCAAGCCUACCCAGAUGAUUCUUUUUCAUAAAGGAAAUAAUGUUCAAUGUCAUUUUGACAUAUAUAUAUAUAUAUAUAUAUAUAUAUAAAAAUAUAUUUUAUUUAACUCUUAGAAAUUUAUCAUGAUAAAUAAAAUGUUUUAAUUUGAAUCUGU